AUGGUGACUGUACCACCAUCAUAUUUGUCAGAUGCCGAAACAAAAACAAAAAAGAUACAAUCUCAUCAUCAUCGUCGUCGUCAAAAAUUUUGCACAACACAACGUCUUCCAGCUUUAUUUGCUUGGCUCCUUUUAUUAACUACUUCAUUUGCCUAUUGGAUAUGCAUUUUCCCACAAAUCCUUCUUCUUCUACCAAAACUUUUACCAAUUUCAAUUUUACAUUGUGUUUUAUUUGUUCUUGUUUGUGCAAAUUUUAUACUUGCAACAUUUAUGGAUCCAGGUAUUUAUGAGCAAUCAUUGAAAAAUGAAUAUACAUCCGUCAGUUCUUAUACUCAUCCAAAAAAACGAAAAGGAGGUGUUGAUGUCAAUGAUAAUGAUGAUGAUGACGAUGAUGAUUUUGAUGAACCACAAUCACGUCUUAUUCGUAUUAGAGAUGGAUCUGUUUAUCUAAAAUAUUGUCGUACAUGUAAAUUAUUUCGCCCUCCACGAUGUUCACAUUGCUCUAUUUGUGAACGAUGUAUUGAUACCUUCGAUCAUCAUUGUCCUUGGUUGAAUAAUUGUGUUGGUCGCCGCAAUUAUCGUUAUUUUUUUCAAUUUUUAUUUUUCCUCUGUAUACAUAUGCUAUUACUUUUCAUAUUUUGCCUCUAUUAUGUUCUACAUGAUCGUCAUCAUAAAUUGCUUACACCAAAUUUCCUUUCAAUCUCAUCAAACACUCAUUUACAAAAAAGACAACAAGAUUAUUCAUCAUCAGUCUUCUUAAAUAAAACAACAUUUGUUGGUUUUUCGGAUUAUCGAUUUAUUGUAUGUAUUGUAUUACUUGUUCUUCUUGGUCUUAUGGCAAUACCAAUAGGUGGUCUAACUGGUUUUCAUAUCUAUCUUAUAUCACAAGGUCGUACAACAAAUGAACAAGUAACGGGAAAAUAUCGUAUACAAAAUGAUGUAUUUAAUCAAGGCUGUUGGAAAAAUUUUUGUCGUACUUUAUGUCAACCAUUAUAUCCUCGAUUAAGAUCUCCGAAAACUAAACGAUAUAAUAUUGAUUUAUUUGAACAAAUGGCAUUUGGAAAUAUGAAACAUAAAAUACCAACAACUAAUGAAGAUGAGAAAAAGAAAAUGGUUUAUGAAGAAAAUGGUAAACUAAAUAAUAUGACUAAUGUUCAAAUCAAUCCAAUAGAUGAAAGAGUUCGUCAAUAUACUAAUCCACUUCAUCCUGCUCAACAAAAACCUCCAUCAAUAGCAUCAUCUGCUUCAGUUACAUCUUCAUCAUCAUUCCAACCUGUUAAAAAACCUUUAUUACAUCAAACAAAAAAGCCCGAAUUUGAUUCAUUACGUCGUAGUUUAUCAAAUAUGUCAUUAUCAUCACGUUGUUCAUAUGAUAAUGUUGAUGGUAAUGAAGAUGAUAUUCAUCAACCAUUACCUUAUUAUGUUAAUAAUCCUAAUAAUAAUAAUAAUUCUAAACAAAUGAAAAGAAUUUAUAUAAAUCAAAAUUCUGUUCAAGCUGACAAUGUAUCAACAAAUAGUGCAAUGACAUUACGUACAGAUUCUUAUCGACAAGCUCAUCCAUUACAAUCAUUUGCUUAUGAUUAUCCUAAACGACCCUUAUUACCUCAAUCAGUACAAAGUACUAAUCAACAAAGUCGACGUAAAACAAAUGGAAAUAAACAUUAUGAAAUAUCUGUUUAG